AUAGGAGUUUCCAGAACUCAGCCCGGCGACGAGACCCGAAGGAAAAAAAAAAAACACCAAUGGCUCACGCAAGAAGAGUUUAAUCCGACAACAGUUCUGACAGCUGGGGCGUUCAGGCCUACUCUCAGUUUCCAUUGAUAAUGGACCCCAACACUCAGACCAUGAAGACCCCUAGACACCUACCAAGCGAUCAAGCGUCUGAAACCCAGAGGCUAACCCCACCUAAAAAACCAGGUUGCAGCUGCCUGGUGGUUCUUGCUGCUGUGUCCGCCUCCUUGAGCGGCCUAAUGCUGGGUUAUGAAAUGGGCCUGACCUCAGGGGUCCUCCUUCAGCUACGGAGCAUCCUCUCUCUGUCGUGCAGAGAACAAGAACUUUUGGUGAGCUCCCAGCUGCUCGGAGCUCUACUCAUCUGCCUGGCGGGGGGCACUAUUCUGGAUCACUACGGCCGCCGCUGCUCCUUGCUCCUGAGCGCUGCCCUGGUGGUUGGAGGAACUGUUGUGCUUGUUGCUGUGACUUCACUGGUAGCUCUCAUCCUGGGCCGUGUGAUAGUCGGAAUGGGGACGUCUUUAUCAGGGACCGCAGCGUGCCUGUACAUUGCAGAGAUCUCGCCGAGGGAGAGGAGGGGGCUGCUGGUCACCCUGUAUGAACUGAUGCUGGUUGUAGGGGUGAUGCUGGGCUUCGGCUGUAGUUAUGCCUUCGCUACUACGCCCCAUGGAUGGGCAUAUACAUUUGGACUCGUAAUUCCACCUGCACUCAUCCAGAUGGGUGCGCUUCUCUUCCUCCCACCUAGUCCCCGCUUUCUAGUUGCUCAGGGAAAAGUGGAACAGGCGAGGGUAGUGCUGGCCAGGAUGAGAGGUAGAUUUAAGGAGAGUGUAGCAGAGGAACUCAGGGAAAUCCAGGUUGGGCUGAAGGAAGAAUCUGAGCACAGUUUCUGGGAGCUUUUCAGUUCUAAAGCUAACCUGCGCUUACGACUGCUGACGGGAAUUGCCUUAGUUUUCCUGCAGCAGGCCACCGGGCAACCUAACAUCUUGUCCUACGCCUCACCUCUUCUUCGCAGCAUGGGUUUCGACAGCGAUGCUGCUGCUACCUUGGCAUCCACAGGUUUUGGAGUCGUCAAGGUAGUCGGCACGAUCCCUGCUGUGCUGCUGGUUGACCGCCUGGGAACCAAGAGCUUUCUGUGUGUGGGAGCUGUUGGAAUGGGAAUAUCACUGGCUGCACUCGGUACUCUGACAAUGCAAAGCCGCACCCACCUAACGAGCCUUUGUAAAAGCCAGACUUUAUUAAAUCACACCAAUUCACCGUGGGAUUUAAACAGAACCUCGGUAGAUCUGGACAUCAGUGAGAUUUUUUCAACUCAACUACCAAGCCAAUGGGAUGCUGAGGAGGAACAGUGGACUGAUGCUGAGAAUGACAGGUUCUGGGACUCGGAUAGAGCGACGACACAUGUAGAAAUGUCUUCCUCUCUAAAGUGGGUGUCAUUGAUAAGCCUGCUGGUCUACGUUGCAGCCUUCUCAGUUAGCCUGGGACCCAUGGUGUAUGUGGUCCUCAGUGAAAUCUUUCCCAUGGGAGUCAGAGGCAGGGCCGUGUCGGUCGUGUCGGCAGUGAACUGGGCCACAAACCUGCUCAUUUCCAUGACAUUCCUCACCAUCACAGAAAAGAUUGGCGUUCCCAACGUAAUGUUUCUAUACUCCGCCAUGAGUUUUGUUCUAUUGGUGUUUGUCAUCCUCUGUGUCCCUGAGACCAAGGGCCGGACACUGGAAGAGAUAUCAAAAGAGCUGGCUAAGAAGAAGAGCUUUGAGGUAAAGCUUUUCAGGCAGGCACAGCCCCAGGAGAGCCUGAUCAACAGGACCCCAUCGACAGAGGGCCCCAGAAGCAUCUAAAUACCAUUUGCAGCCAUCAAAAUCUGCACCAGAUGUAACAAAAUUUGAGAAACAACUGUUCAUCCGUAAAGUGUUAGCUGGUCCAGAUAUUAAAGCUCAAUCAUUAGGCUGUUGGAAUAACAGGAAUAGGAAGAAGCUGUAAAGUGAGAUUUGGGAGAUUUUCUAAGAUUAGGUCAGCUCAGGGUUCACUAAUAUUGUAUUUUUAAUCACCUUUUGGUUUUUUUUACUUGAGUUUUAUUUUUCAUUCAUUAUUCUUUUGCAAAACAAGAAAAAAUAAACUUUAAAGGUACUUUUAAUGCUGUAACUAAUCAUUUCAAGGUCCAAUGAAAAAAUGUUUCAUUUGUAAAUGAAAACUAUUUCUAGGAUGGUUUUUGUAGAACAGAAAACCUUUGCUGUAACAAGAAACAGGCAGCCAGCAGUUGUUUAAUGGUCUUUUUAUUUUCAUACAGAAUACAAAAGUUUUAAGUGUCACAAAUUAUUACUCACCACUGAUUCAGAAAGUACUCAGUCACACAUAAAAACCAAACAGGUCUGGAUUUAUCAUCUUAAGAAGGAGAUGCUUAAGUCGUCCACAUACAGUAUACGUUUUUUCUCAGAUAGCUUAAACCGAGCAUUCAGCCGUUUUGCAUCUAUGAUAAUAAAAACACUGCUUUCUGUUCCGGGAGUUCGUUUUUCAUGCUGUUUCAGAGCUACCUAAAUGUUUUUCACUGUAAAAUCUUUAAGUACAUUUCGCUGAAAAGUGUUACAACUCUCCACAGGGUGAUUGUUUAUUUUCUAAUGUACUGUUUCACAUUAACUGUCUGCUACUUUAAGCCUUUUAAUGAGUUUGUUUUCUUUUUGGGGGAUAAUAAAA